AUGCUCAUGGAGAAAAUGAUGCAGGAAAAAGAACGAGAAAAGGAACGAGAACGAGAAGAGGGUGUGCACAAGAAAGCGAGCAUGGAGCAAGAUCGUCAGUCUGAACAGACGCUUGAAGAGCCUGAAGAGGAUGCCAACAAGGCGAUGUUGGACUAUAUAAGAACUUUAGUUCUGAAUUUGGUUCACGCUCCACUCUCAUCAGCGCUCAAAAGCUGCUUACUCCUGUCACCUGAGCAGUACAAACAGCUAGUGGAAGUCUCGUGGCAACUGCUACUCAAUGAAGACCCGCACGUUGUUCUCACAGCUGCAUCGAUGCUGAUUGCUGCAUGCGUUCGUCGAUCGGAAGAUGUGGUGAAAGUGGUGAGAAAGUCACUUGAAUCAAAGAAUGCCACUGAAAGAACUGAAGCCAUACAAAGGUUCGUCCAGGAUGUCCACAAAGUCGAUUGGGUGCCGCCUCCCGGCAUCGACUUCACCCUUCCAUCUCCCCCGAUCGGCCAGAGCCAGUUGCCGGUAGUUGAUCCGCCGUGGAUGCCGCAUCUGAAGACGAAGAUUGAGGAGCUGUCGUUGAAGGAGGAGGAGCAUGCAACAUCUCAGACUAUUAUGACGAUGACUCGCACUCGGCGGAAACAAAAGCAAGAGAUGGUGAAACGUGCCGUCAGGGAUGCCGAAGAACGCCAGUGUGAGCAGCGGCAACUCUUCAGGCUGCGAUGCUCCGCUAUUGUUCAACAAGCCGCUUACGAACCCGCACUAUUCCAUCAUCAGGAGCAAGGAGAG